AUGGACGCCCUCAAUAACAUGACGGGCAACGUGCCCAGCUGGUUGACUCGACUCGACGAGCUGAGUGGCCAGGUUCAAAAGCGUCAGGCCGAGCUGGCAUCCAUCGCCGCGGCCGAGCAGUCGUCGUCCUCGACACCGGCAACCGACACCAAGUCCCUGAGGAAUAAGGGAUCGACCGAAUCCCUCAAGCCAAAGGACGACGGUCCCGCCAACAUCCCCGCACCGCCUCCCGACGUCGUUGCCAAGCCCACACCCGAACCCGAAGCAGCAGAAGUAGCAGACUCGAGACCAACACAAUCAACAGCAACGACAACAACAAAGAAAACCACAGCAGCAGCAGCAGCAGCAGCAGCAGCGACGACGACUCCCCAAGAUGGUCAGCAGCAGCAGCAGCAGAAGCCGUCGACACCGCCGGCAGGGUCCGGACCCGGCACCCUCCCAUCGUCUCAUAGGCCGCAGCGCGACGCCACAGCAGCCGCAAACUCGCGCGCCAAGGCUCAGAUCAGAAAGAAGGUCAAGACGACAUCGAUCAUGUCCGUGGAAAACCCGACGCCCACGUACCGCACGCGCAGCAUGAUCAUGGUGUACUACGACAGUUAUGUCCAGGGCUUCUUCGACGAGCUGGUACGCUUCGUCUCGUCGAGCAGGAACAUGCUCCGCAAGGCCAAGAUGGCCGCCAAGGUGGCCCACAUCAGGAAGAUGGCGUCGGCCGAGGGUGACGGUGACGACGGCCUGGAGCCCCUCCCCUCCCUACGUUACAUGAGCGCGCGCCGCAUGGGCGCCGGCGUCGGCGGAUCCCCCGGCAUCCCCGGCUCCGCCGGCCUCGGCGACGGCAAGCCGGACGUCUACGACAAGCUCGACAAGGGUCUGGAGCACGUGCAGGCCACGUGCGAGCACGGCGCCCACCAGUUCCUCCGCGACGCAGACUGCGACGAGGAGAUCAAGAAGAUCAAGGAGCGCCUGCGCGAGGUGCUCGACAUGGCCGUCGCCGAGACGGAGCGCAUCCAUUCCGAGGAGUCGGAGCGCACCAGCGAGGUGGCCGCGGACGACGUCACCGUCGCCGCCAAGCAGCGCACCCAGCGCCCCGUCAGCAUCCGCCGCGAGCUGUCAAAGGACAGUGGCGCCGUCGCUGCCGGCGGGAAGCCCACACGCUCCAUCAACUCCGAGAGCUCGUACAUAGAACCGGCCGUCAACGCCAUCGAAGCAGACAGCGGGGACGAGGCCAUCGAUAUCGAUGCCGUCAUGCCAAAGUUGAACUACAGGUCUACGAGGGGUUUAAGGGUCACCAGGCCGCAGUGA